GUCACGUGCUGCAACCGAAAUGUUCUCCGGUGAAAGCACCACUAGAGGGACUGUGAAAAAAAGGCGAAUGCGCUUAUAAUAGAAUUCAACCGGCAUCAGAUACGGGUGCCGUUAUCUUGGCGAUAUUGUUUGUUUGGCGGCCAAUUUCAUUAUUAUCAAUUGUUGAGCGAGAGAUUAAAUUUUGGACAAAAUUGAAAUUUGAUAAAUAUUAAUACGGAGCGAUAUCUAAAUAUUAUUCAUGGCUUGAAAAGUUGUGUUUGCAAUUUACUUUUUGAUGCUGCAAACUAUUUUCUACAUUAAUUACGAAGAAACGUGAACGAUGACACCCUAAAACGUACCCCGAAUGAUACAAAAUAAUUCAAAUAAGUCUGAAUAUCAGUUAAAAGUAUGCCAAAACCAUUCAAAUAUCAAAAAGGCGCCGUCACUUAACAUGAAAGUUAUGUUUUGGAUGUGCUGGACGUUAUUAAUAUUAAUCAAUUCAGAACAGUGUAACGCUCAAACAGAAGAAAUGGAACUACUUGAAGCUGUUGGCAAUCCUAUAUAUAGUUUUGGAUGGCCCAGUCGAAUUCUAGGAGAUGCAAAAGAACUGUCGGAUUGUGAAGCAUUGGGCUUUCAUAACGCUUCCAAGAAUGAGUGUGGAUACUGUACAGGUGGUGACACAAACCUUCCUAAAAACUAUUCGGUAAACUGUAAAAAAGGCUGUGAUAUUAAUAUCCGAAUAGAUUGUAAAGGUGUGUGUGGUGGAAAUGCUUACAUUGACGAAUGUUCUGGAUUGUGUGUAGAAAAUUCAAAAUCAGUGGCUUUGUCGAAUCGAGAUUGUCGAGGAAUGUGCUCGUCGACAGGAUUGCAAUUAUUCACGGAUUCGUGUGGUGUUUGCCACACAGGGACGUCGCCUUUUCAAGAUUGCACAAAUAAGUGUCAUUUACCAGGGCAAGAAAAUUUAAUGGCAAAAGAAGAAUGUGGACGUUGUGUUGGAGGCAUGAGUGGCAUUCCAGAAUCAGAAGUAUAUGAUGAAUGCGGAAACUGCAAAUCGGUAGCCGGGAUGACUUGUCCUUGCAACGGCACUGGUAUUCCCGAUGUGUGCGGUGUAUGUAAUGGCGGAGGAAGAUCCUGCAUUCGUAUUCUUAGGUUCAGCCCGAGAGCUCUACCUGUAAAUACCAACACAAAGAUUGCCAUUGAGGGAGCUUUUGGGCGAGCGACAAAUAGUAAUAUCAAGUGCGUUUUAGUAGAACAAAUAGAUGAUGAAGAUGGAAACAGAACUGAAAUCAAUGCAUCCCAUAAUGGAACUCAUGCAACUUGUCCAGUUAGGUUAAAACUUGGUUCUUAUAAAAUUGGUAUCAAAGUCAGUGUUACAGAUCCUCCUGUAGAAGAUUUUGUUGAAGGAGCUGAACUCUUGGUUUAUGAUAAAGCUGAAUAUUUGUCAAUGUCACCAACUAAAGCUGUUUUUGAUAGAGAAAAUGGUGCCAAAGAAUUGAUUGUAACAUUUUCUGGUGGAAAAGUACCUCCUCUAUCGCUAAUAUGCAUUAUUUCUGGUGAAGGUAUGAUCUUAAUUUUUAUUUUUACUUUGUUUAGAAAGUCUCCUAUACAUCUGAAGUAUUUUUCCUUUUAUAUGAAAAUAUACUUCUUUGUACUGUG